AUCAGAUCUCUUAUUCCUCCAAUCUAAUCAACAAGGUACAAUCUUUCUCUUUUGAAAGGAGAUAUAAUAUUUGGGUUCUUUGUUUUGGUUUUUUUUUUUUUUGAAGCUGACAUCCUGAUCUAAACAAGAAGGAAUGGUUGGUAUAUUUUUAUCGUGCUCACCCUAUUUAUCUUUUUUAUCUUGAUUUUUGAUGAUUUUGGCCAAAACAAAUCUAAUCAGAGAAACGGGUUAAUAAGGUGAGUGUCAAAUGCCUUAGGUGCUAUUUGUUUUUUCUGAGGCAAAAUGUAUGUAGUCUGCGGACCACAUCUGUAGACCUCUGCAGUAGAAGAGGUGGAUCAAAUGUCUGCAGUCUGAAAAAUGAAGACUGUUUGUUUUUUUAACAUCUGCGGGCUACUAAAAUAAACUGAAAUCUAAAUAAACUGAUUUUUUUAAACAUCAAAAUGAUUUUUUAAUAUUUUUAUGACUUUGUUAUAAAUAAUUAACAAAUUUAGAACAACUUUUAUGUAUUAUUGUAUAAAAAAUAAAAAUAAAAAUUGUAUGAAUUAACGUAUAUAUUUUAUAAAAACCAACAACUUUGGCUGCAAAGUUAUAACUAAACAUUAUAAUUAGUUAUCAAAGAAUUUGAUACAUAAAUGGAUGGAAAUAAACUUCAAUUUUUUCAAUUAAAUCCAUUAAAAACGUACCAUAAAUAUUUUUUCGAGAAAUUGACGAUACUGUAUUAAAUAAUGUUUUAUAAAAUUUGGCAAAAAAUAUAAGAAUAUAUUAUAAUUUUUUUUUCAUAUUUAUAUAAACAACUUCAACGACUAUUAUUGUAAUAAAUUUUUAUUUAUAAAUUUGUUAAAAAUAUCAUGUUUGUAAUGUCGAACGUUUUUUUUAAGUUUUGUAAUAUUUUUUCAAAUUGUUUAUCAUUAAUAAAGUUAGAAAAAUUAUAAAUUAUAAACAAACUUAAAAAUAAAAUAAAAAAUAAAAAAUAAAAAAAAAGAUAUAUAUGUUUUUUAGGCUAGAAGAUGUAUGAAGAUGUUAGAAGACUCUGGUCCACAUCUGCGACAAGAAGAGGGCGCGCAGACAUUUUUAGGUUUGUUGUCUUCAAAAAAAACAAAUAGUCUGCGAACGCUACUGUCUGCGCAGCGCAGACAGAAGAGGUCACGCAGAUAUGCAAACAAAAAACAAACACUAACCUUAGAGUUUGCUCGACAAAUUCUUCCUCUAGCGACCGCUGGUGACAUGGAUGCUAUGGGUAGUUCUGAUUUGUCUAAUCCGAGUUUGUUUGUUGGUUCUUCCUAAACCUAAUCCUAGUGAAAUCGUUGAUGACAUGCCUCCUUCCUCUUCUUCUUUUGAUUUUUGACUUCAUAAGCCCCACCACACAUUUGCUUUAUUUUCGUUCAUGAUAUCUGAUUUCAACUUUUAAUGGGUCACCUGACUGACUCGCAAAACUGUUUUAUUUCAGGUUUUCGAAGGUUGAUUUGUGGCCUAACAGGUUUGGUUUCUUGAUUUUAAUUUUUUUUUUUAAUUAAGUUCUUGCUCAACUUCUCAUAGCUGGUAUAUUCUUCUUUAUUUUUUUUCUUUUGAGGAGUUGUAUCUCUCUCUAAUUUGAUUUUUUUAGGUUUCAUGUUUGAUUUAUUCUUUUUCGUUACCAGCCCCUCUCUUGCAUCAUCGAUUCAGGUAAAUGACAUGAAUCCCAUGUUUCGAUCUUUAUCAAUUAGUGUGGUUUUUUCUUUUUCUAUUUAAGAUUUCAAUUUCUGCUUCUUACAAUUACUAUCUACAAAAUCGGAAUCAAAUCUCUGAUUUUCUUUUUCUUCUUUUUGGUUUGGGAAAAUGACUCUUGAGGGUAAUUAACUUUUGUGUUUGUACUCAUUUGGUCUCUUUCCUUUUUUUAUAUUCAAUAUAUCAUUGAACUUGUUGUUUGUGUUCACCAUAACCCUUUUGACCGACUUUUAACCUAUGAUAGCCGGUCAAAGGGUUAUGGUGAACAUAAACAACAAGUUCGAUAGUAUAUUAAGUACAAAAAAAAAGGAAAGAGACCAAAUGAGAACAAACUCAACAGUUGGUUACCCUCCUUAGUCAUUUUCCUCGAAAAGUUAAAUGAAAUUAAAGUUGCAAAAUUAUCAAAGACUGCAACCUUCUUUGGCUAUAACAUAUAUGAAGAGCGUUUCAGAGGGGUAACUUCGUUAAAACAUUGUCUAUGCUAUGCUUACUAUGGUUAGCUGUCAACACCUCUCUUAAAAAGGAUAUGAUUGUGUAUGAGAUGUAUAUUUAUCAGCAAAAACGUUUACCUCAAGGUAUAUUAUGGUGAUGUGUCUGCAAAAGCAACAUGAUAUUGUACAUAUUGAUGUUGUAUCUCAUCCCAUGAAUUCGAUCUUAAAGCUAAGUAAACUCAAAAAUCAUAACACUUGUGAUUCCACUCGUUUGUAGACUUGUCUAGAAUCCAUGAUACGAUAAAUCAUUCAACUGGAAAUGUAAAUGUAGUUAUGAAAUGCGCCUGCUUAGUCAAGAUUCCCCUAAUAAAUAUUCAAAUGCAUUACAAAGUUGUACAUGUAUGAAUAGUGUUCUUUCGUGGGUUAUGUUUUAAAGAGAAGCAAUAAUGAAUCUCAUAAAAUCAUUAAUAUCAGUAGGAGUUGACGUGGAAUUUGCUGUAAAUGAGUAAAUGAAAAAUGACUCAGGAGGGUAACCAACUGUUGAGUUUGUUCUUAUUUGGUCAUUUUCCUUUUUUUUACUCAAUAUACCAUCGAACUUGUUGUUUGUGUUCACCAUAACCCUUUGACCAGCUAUCACAAGUCAAAAGUCGGUCAAAAGGGUUAUGGUGAAUACAAACAACAAGUUCGAUGGUAUAUUGAAUACAAAAAAAGGGGAAAGUGACCAAAUGAGUACAAACGCAAAAGUUAAUUACCGUUGAGAGUCAUUUUCCCUUUUGGUUUUGGUUUAUUCUUGAAUAACGUUGGAUUUCUUUUCACUGUGCAGGAAUAAAUACGGGGAUCAACUCGGACUCAAUUUUAUAGAGAUGUUUCUCCACCGCUUACUUAUUCUUUUUAUGGUUAAUCUGGUACGACAAAUUUUAAGUUCUUCCUAAAUCGAUAUGUGAUUCCCUAUUAACUUUUGUUUAUGCUUUUCAAUAUGAAACCAGAUUCCACACUUAAAGAUUCAUCGAAUAAUACAUAAAUUUGGAUUUACAUUAUUUUGAACUUUAUUCUUUUUUUGUUUUUGAAAAUCAAAUCGUUGAUUCUUAUCAUGUGUGUUACAGUAUGGGGAAAUAGCAAAUGAAGGUUUGAAAUUUGAUAUGAAGGCCCGAAAUCUGGUAUGAGGGUUUGUGAUACGUAAAAAUUUUGUUUGAAAUAGCAAGAAAUCACAUUUUAAUUUUGUUUGUUAGUCUAAUAUAGAAUCACAAUUUCAUUUCUAUUUUUUAUUCUAUUAAAAAAAAAUUAUUUAUUCAUUAUACUUAGAAAGCAAUUAUCCCUAAUAACCGAAAACACUGGGCUUGGUGUUGAACUUGAGGGUGCAAUUAUUGCCUUAUUCCAUCUUAUAUAUAUCCGAUUAGGCAAAGUUAUGAAGUAUUACCAAUUUAUGGAGCAUCCACAAGCCUUACCAGGUUUAUAUCCUUGGUCCUCAAUGUAACCUAGGUUUAUAUCCCCCAUUAUAUGAACAGAAAAGAAGCAAAGAGCUAUGUUGAAAUUUCAAAUGUGCUUGAUUUUUUUUACCAAUAUGGACAAAAAAGAAACAAAGAACUAUACAUGUAUUUAUAUUAAUAAUAAACGUAAGUGUGAAUGGUUGCAGGGUUUUUGAUGAGGGAGGGGUCUGGAAAACUAAGCUAUACACAUAUUUAUAUCAAUAAUAAAUAAUAAAUGUAAUAAUCAUUGAAUCUUGGCAGGUAAGGUGGAGGGUAAAAUGGACCAUUUCAUAUUCAAGAUUAUUCAUGGGGAGCGGAGGGGUAAGGGAAUAUUAGUCAUUUUAAAGACGAUAGUGAAUAUGUGUGUAUGUGACUGUAUUUAGCGGGGGAGGGGUAUAUUGGUCAUUUUACUUUGAGGAAGCGUGGUGAAUCGCAAUGGUAGAAUCUUGGUGCAUGAUAUUGCAUACUAUUGGCGUCAAUACACUCCAAUUACUUCUCUGUUAGAUUUUGACAUCAUGUUACUUACAACUUCCAAAGGCAUUGUUCAUGUCGGUUCAUGAAUUGGGUAAGUCUGUUACUCUGUUUAUUACUGAAUAUAUUAUAUAUGCAAAUUUUUUACACUCAGAUUAUAAUUUAGUUUAUUGCUGAAUACCUGCAGACUUUUUACACGCCAAUUAUAAUUUUAUUUGGCAUUGAAUCCAUUUACAAAUUUUUUACACUUUUAUUAACAAGACAAAAUUACAUAAAUGGUCCUCAUGGUUGACAAAAUCGACCAAUUAUGAUCCUUAUAACGAAUUCUUUACAAAGAUGGUCCCUGUGGUUUCAAAAUCUUGCAAAGACGGUCCUUUUGACCAACGGCGUUAACUUUUUUAGUUAAGUCCUAUGCGAAAUGACAUAUUUGCCCUUCAUGCAUAAGGACGCUUCAUGUAAUAUGUUUCUACCACAAUGACCAUUUAUGUAAUUUUCUCUAUUAUUUAUUACUUUUUUAAUUAUUUUAAUUAUAUAUUUAAAUAUUUAGAUUUGUUUAAAUUUAUUGUUUAAUAUAUAUAUAUAUAUAUAUAUAUAUAUAUAUAUAUAUAUAUAUAUAUAUAUAUAUAUAUAUAUGCUAACAUUUUUUAACGUUUUGCUCAAAUUAUUUUUUCUAAUCUUUUGGACAUUUUCUUCAAGUAAAUUUAUUAAUGUUUUUUAUUUUGACGUUUUAUUCCAAUAUUAUUUAUUUAUUUAUUUAUUUAUUUAUUUAUUUUGACGUUAUGUUUGAAUACAUUUUUCAACAUAUAGUAUGUUUUCAUUUUUUUUUUCUUUUAUCAGGUUAUAUAAUUAUUAUGUUUUUAAUUCGAAUAUUUAACUAUAUAAGGUUGUAUAAUUAUUAUUUUUGUAAACUAAUUUAUUAACAUUUUUUAUAAAAAAGUGUAAAAUGUUUGUUAAACGUGAAUAUGAUUAAUAUAUUAGGUAGACAUAGGUUAUGCUGAGACCGCCUCACAACGUUGCUGAGAACGACCGGGUCAUUUCACAUUGGAUUUAAAUGUAAUUAUUUCGAGUUUUUUUUUUUUGUUUAUAGCAGUGUUGUAAAUAAAUAUUCGAAUAAAACAUCAAAAUAAAAAACAUUAAUAAAUUUACUUGAAGAAAAUGUCAAAAAGAUUAGAAAAAAUAAUUUGAGCAAAACGUUAUAUAUAUAUAUAUAUAUAUAUAUAUAUAUAUAUAUAUAUAUAUAUAUAUAACGUCAAAAUAAAAAACAUUAAUAAAUUUACUUGAAGAAAAUGUUAAAAAGAUUAGAUAAAAUAAUUUGAGCAAAACGUUAAAAAAUGUUAGUGUAUAUAUAUAUAUAUAUAUAUAUAUAUAUAUAUAUAUAUAUAUAUAUAUAUUUAUAUAUAUAAUAAAUUUAAACAAAUCUAAAUCCUUAAAUAUAUAAUUAAAAUAAAUAAAUAAAAAAUAAAUAAUAGAGAAAACUACAUAAAUAGUCCCUGUGGUAGAAACAUAUUACAUAAAGCGUCCUUAUGCAUGAAGGGCAAAUAUGUCAUUUCACAUAGGACUUAACUGAAAAAGUUAACACCGUUAGUCAAAAGGACCAUCUUUGCAAGAUUUUAAAACCACAAGGACCAUCCGUGUAAGGAAUUCGUCAUAAGGACCAUUAUUGGUCGAUUUUGUCAACCAUGAGGACCAUUUAUGUAAUUUUGUCUAUUAACAAACUUUCAGUUUUUGUGUUUAUAUUACAGAAAGUCUGUUAAUUUGAAUCGUUUUACACUUUAAAUCACAAUGGGUUUUUCUUAAUUAUACAAAUCCCAGUCCUAAUUGGCUCAAUACUGGCCCUAAAGUGACAUGCAUUUCGAUAUUCCAAAGGAAUUAGGUGUCACCUGUUACUAAUUUUCAAUACACAUACACUUCGAAAAUUGUAAUCUCUUUUUUUUUAAUACAGAUUACAUCAUACUAUUACUUGGUGUUUCGGUUAUUUGCAUCUUAACUUUUUGCUAAAAACUCGAUUUGGCAGACCUACUGUUGUUGGAUAUCAGACCUAGAAAUUGGAUUUUGGAAUUUCGACUUUUGAAAUUUAGUUCUAUUUUAAAAUUGGAUGUUAUUUUUAAAGUUGAAUUUUGACAUCACACCAACUUUAAUUUCUAAAAAAUCUAUAAUUAUACUCUAAUAUAGCAACAAACUUUAAUUUUCAUUUAUUACAUCAUCAUACUUUAAACAUUUGUUGCUAUUUUAAAGUACAAUGACUAUUAUUAAUUAUUAUUUUAAAGUUUUAUUGACCAUUACAUAUAUAGAAGCAACUUUAAUUUAAAAAAAUGAUAAUCUAUACUCUAAAUUAGCGACCUUUAUUAAUUUGUUUGUUUAAGCAUCCUAAUUUAGAUGUUGGUUACGAUUUUAAAAUACAUGCCUUAUUAGAAUGGGUGAAUUUUAGUUUACUGACAAUUUUACUUUAAAAGUUGGUUUCUUUACUGGUGCAUGAUGAAGGGGCGGAAGGAGAGGGAGGAGAAGAAAGAGAAGGAGAUGCUACCAUUUCAAUGUACGAAGGUUGGGAUAGAACAGCCCGUCAAUAUAUAGAAGGCUUUUAGGAUUUGUGCAAGGUUUUGACAUAGGUUGGA